AUGUCCGGCGACGAUCUCGUCCAUCCAGGGCUUCACCACGAUCCUCAGCACCUCCUGGUAGAUCUCAGCGAUCCAGCUGUCGUUCUGCCUGUUGCUUGUCUGGUCCUGGAUGAAAUUCUUUUCAUCAGAGAAGAACCUAAGCUUCCCGGCGGAUCCGUGCGUGAGCUCGUGCAGCAAAGCUGCCGUCUUGACGCUCCUCGACUUCUUGGAGGCAUUCUUGAUGAGCAUGCGAUGAGACUUUUUGUAGGAGAAGUAACCAUUGUCCUUCUUGAUCGUUCGGCAGACCGUCGACUUGUGACAGCCAAUGUCAGCGGCGAUCUUGGCGUAGCUCUGGCUUCCAUCAUUGUCGACUUUCUCCUUGACAGCGGCGACGAACUCGUCGGUCCUAAAGGUUUGGCAGGAAACUCGUCCUUGUUCUCACACGCCUUCCACUUCCUCCAAAUGUCCAUGACCAUGUUCCUCUUGAACCCAAACCAGGGCAUCACUUCCGCAGGCUUCUUCCCGGCGCGAAAAGUAGCUACUACCGCUGCUCUGCGCUCAUAUUCCAUCCCGGAAAAGAGAAGAGAGAAAAACUUUAUCAAGUUUCAACACUAUCUCUUUCUCUUCAAAUCUAUCUAUGUAUCUCAUUCUCUUCAAAUCUAUCUAUCUAUCUAUCUAUCUAUAUAUCUAUCUAUCUAUCUCUUUCUUAUCAAAUCUAUCUAUCUAUCUAUCUAUCUAUCUAUCUAUCUAUCUGUCUGUCUGUCUGCUCGUCUUAAAUUUGGAAUUAAUAUUUUAUGUUUUUUUUUUAUUCUCUCUCUCUCUCUCUUUCUUUCUUUCUUCCUAUCUAUCUAUCUAUCUAUAUCUAUUAAUCUAUCAAUCUAUCAAUCAAUUUAUACCCAUCUAUCUCUAUCUAUUCAUCUAUCAAUCUACCCGUUUAUCUAUAUCUCAAUCUAUCUAUCUAUCUAUCUAUCUCUAUAUCAAUCAAUCUAUAUCUAUCUUUACCUAUCUAUCAAUCAAUCUAUAUCUAUCUGUCUAUUAAUCAAUUUAUAUCUAUCUCUAUCCAUUCAUCUAUCAAUCAAUCUAUCUAUUUAUCUAUCUCUCAAUCUGUCUAUCAAUCUAUAUCUAUCUAUCUGUCAAUCUAUCAGUCUAUCUAUCUAUUUAUCUAUCAAUCUAUAUCUAUCUAUCUACCUCUCAGUCUAUCUACCUCUCAGUCUAUCUAUCUAUCUAUCUAUCUAUCUAUCUAUCUAUAUAUAUAUAUAUAUAUAUAUAUAUAUAUCACUUAAUCUCUCUAUCUUUUUCUAUCUAUCUAUCAAUCUAUAUUUAUCUAUCUCAUCUAUCUCUCAUCUUGGCAUUUCUUUGUGA